CAGCCUGCCGCCCCACCCCUGCCCUGGACAAGGGAGCACCAGCAGAUGGCACUGAGUGGGGAAGAGGAGGCGCCCUCCACGGCCUCCCCUGCCCCAGACACCAGAACACGUGAACCGCAUGCACGAGUCUCUCAUGCUCUUCGACUCCAUCUGUAACAACAAGUUCUUCAUCGAUACCUCCAUCAUUCUCUUCCUCAACAAGAAAGAUCUCUUUGGUGAGAAGAUCAAGAAGUCACCUCUGACCAUCUGCUUUCCUGAGUACACAGGCCCCAACACCUAUGAAGAUGCCGCCGCCUACAUCCAAGCACAAUUUGAAAGCAAAAACCGCUCACCCAACAAAGAAAUUUAUUGUCACAUGACUUGUGCCACAGACACGAAUAAUAUCCAGGUGGUAUUCGACGCCGUCACUGACAUCAUCAUUGCCAACAACCUCCGGGGCUGCGGCUUGUACUGACCUCUUGUCCUGUAUAGCAACCUAUUUGGUAAUGAUUCCAGCAUUCACAGAAAAGCUUGCACACAUACACACUCCACUAACAAACAAAUGCAAGUUGGUAAAUUAACUUCAAAAAGGCAUAACAAACCUUAUAUAUAGACAGACAAAUAUAUAUUAAGUUUUUUUUUAGUUUGUACUAGAAGGAGCUUCAGACAGAACUGACCAACAUUCCAUUGAUCAUUAAGGUUUUCCUGGGACAGCACCUGAGCAUGCACUUACAUGCACGCGCACACACACACACACACACACGCACGCACACACGCACACACACACACGUCCUGAUUUGGGAGUCCAUCCUUUUAAGAACAGCCACAUGAUUUUACACUCUGAGACCCAUUUCUGUGAGCAGGGAGAGGGCAAGGAAAGGCCUGGCCUUAGUCCAGCCUUUUCCUCUGCAUCCACACGCUGAGGCUGUGUGCUGUCAGUUCUGUCCUGCUCUUGUGCGAAUUCCAAAACCCUUUAAAAAAUGGCCAGCAUCCCAAAUGUCUCCCUGCCCUAUACUCCCGACAGAAAAAUUAAGGAUGCUUCUCUUUUGGGUGGUAGAGGUGGUUAACUUCAAGAAUUUAGAAGAGUCACUGCUCUGCCCAAUCCACUCUCUGUCUCCUGAGUUUUCUUUAUUCAUGUUAACAAGGCAAGAGUCAGAGAAAAGGGAGACUCUGGCUGCUUUCUGCAAGCAGCUGAGGGGGCGGGCCGUGCAAAGCACAAGGUCACCUGCAGAACUGAAGCUGCUCCUCCCUCCAAAAGGGCUCCCCCUCCAAGAGGGCUGGCAAGAGAAGGGGAGUGAUGUGGAGAACGGGCAGGAGUGGCUGAGGGGAGGGCAGAUCUGCAGACCUGGCUGGGUCAGGGUCCUGAGGGGUGAGGCCUCCCAGGAGGCCCAGGCUAGGCUUCCCCUGGAUUCCUGAUCCCCCUGCGAUGCUGCCCCAUCUUGCCCCACCUCAACAUUAUUAAACAUGUUGGAGGGUUGGUUGGUUGGUUGGUUGGGUGGUUGGUGUUUUAAAUCAAGGAAAAUGGUCAGACUGGACCCCUUGUCUCUCUCUCUACAGACUGCUUCACGGACUCUUUGCUGUUGACGUUGAUCUCCUGGUAGCAUGACCUUUUGGCCUUUGUAAGACACACAGCCUUUCUGUAUCAAGCCCCUGUCUAACCUACAACCCAGAGUGACUGACGGCUGUGUAUUUCUGUAGAAUGCUGUAGAAUCCGGUUUUAGUUGAGCCUUUACAUCUAGAAUUUGAAAGGAAAAGAAGAACAUUUCCCAUGUGCUUUGUAGCUUAAAAAAAAAAAAAAAAAGAAAAGGAUAAAGGAAAACUCAGCAUCUCAUCCAUCUUUUUUUCUUUCUGAAAUAAACACCCACAGCUGCACCCAUGCCCACCCCAUCCUACCUGCAGAGGUGCCGCCUGUCCGCACCCGGGGCGCCGGUUCCCGGGAGUGUGCUCAGGCCACGCUUUCCAGACGCGGCCUCACCGUCCACAGCCCUCCCCCCGCCCAGGCCCGAGCCACUCCAACCACACGCUCACUCCAGGUUUGCAUAGAAAAAGCACAGCUCUCACGGGCCAGUAGCUGCCCCAAAAGAAUAUGGAACAUACAUAUAUAUAUAUAUAUAUAUAUAUAUAUAAAUAGAGCCCUAUAGGAAACAGUUUCCCCCAGCUCCCUUUCUACAGAGUACCUUUAUCAUUUUUUUUUAGUUUUAGAUUUUGGUUUUAUUUUUGUCCUGAUGAGCACUAUGUAUUACAUACCAGAUCAGCUUUCAUAGUCUUUGGGAACCGGGUUGUGGUUUUUCCCGCUGACAUUCUGCUUCUCCGUCUCUCAGAUGGAUGCUCCCUUUGUGUGCGUGCGCCCCUCCACCUUUUCCUUUGUUUCAGUAACCUGUGUUCGCUCUUUCUCAUGUGGGGAUGUUUGUGCUGCAGAUAAAAACAAAAAUUUUUAAAUACUACAAGAUGGAAAAAACACAAAAAAAAUUAAAAAGAUGGAAUGUAAUGUUUACAAGAAAGCCACAGUUCUCAUGAUCAGUCCAAUGUCAUUUCUACUUUGACUAGUAUCCAAACUCCUUCACGGUUUCACUUUUAAGACUUAAUAUUUGCUGAAGACCAGUCACAGCCAUUUCAGAUAAAGAGGCAAAAAGACAAAACACAAAAUAUUUAAAAUGCAGAAAAAAAAAACUUGGGAAAAAAAAUAGCCCACGGGUCUUUCUAAGCCUUUCUAUUCCCAAUCGGUGAGGUUUCUGUGAUAUCUUACACACUGCCAGUCUACUUCUCUGACUAAUGGAAAAUUCAUGUGUAGCUCAAUAAAGAGAAUGUUUGUCUGUA